ACCCCUCGCCGCGCCGCCGGAGGCUUCACCCGCGCCCUCCCUCAGGACGCGCCCGCGGAGCUCGGGCUCCUUCGCCUCGGACCCGAAGGCCGCGUUGUACGGGGCGGCGGCGAGGCCGGAAGAUGGCCUGGGUGCUCAAGAUGGACGAGGUGAUCGAGUCUGGGCUGGUGCACGACUUCGAUGCCAGCCUCUCGGGCAUCGGGCAGGAGCUGGGCGCCGGCGCCUACAGCAUGAGUGAUGUGUUGGCAUUGCCCAUUUUCAAGCAGGAAGAUUCAAGCCUUCCAUUGGAUGGUGAAACCAAGCACCCUCCCUUUCAGUAUGUGAUGUGUGCUGCAACAUCACCUGCAGUGAAACUGCAUGAUGAGACUCUCACUUACUUGAACCAAGGUCAGUCUUAUGAAAUUCGGAUGCUGGAUAAUCGGAAAAUGGGAGAUAUGCCUGAGAUCAGUGGAAAGUUGGUAAAGAGCAUCAUAAGGGUUGUAUUCCAUGACAGACGUCUACAAUACACAGAGCAUCAACAGCUUGAAGGUUGGAAGUGGAAUCGCCCAGGAGACAGACUUCUUGAUUUAGAUAUUCCAAUGUCUGUGGGAAUAAUAGACACAAGGACAAAUCCAAGCCAGUUAAAUGCAGUUGAAUUUCUGUGGGACCCUGCAAAACGCACAUCUGCUUUCAUUCAGGUCCACUGUAUCAGCACAGAAUUUACUCCACGGAAACAUGGAGGUGAAAAGGGAGUACCUUUCAGAAUCCAGGUUGACACUUUCAAGCAGAAUGAAAGUGGGGAAUACACAGAUCACCUUCACUCAGCUAGCUGCCAAAUCAAAGUUUUUAAGCCUAAAGGUGCAGAUAGGAAACAAAAAACUGACCGAGAAAAGAUGGAAAAGAGAACAGCUCAUGAGAAAGAAAAGUAUCAACCAUCCUAUGACACCACAAUCCUCACUGAGAUGAGGCUUGAGCCUAUAAUUGAAGAUGCAGUUGAACAUGAGCAGAAAAAGUCCAGCAAGCGGACUUUGCCAGCAGACUACGGUGAUUCUCUGGCAAAGCGAGGCAGUUGUUCUCCGUGGCCCGAUACCCCCACAGCCUUCGUGAGUAACAGCCCUUCCCCAGCGCCCACCUUCACCUCCUCACAGCAGAGCGCGUGCAGCAUCCCAGACAGCAAUUCUUCUUCCCCAAAUCACCAGGGAGAUGGAGCUUCACAGGCAUCUAGUGAACAAAUUCAGCCUUCAGCUACAACCCAGGAAGCACAGCAAUGGCUAGUGAAAAAUAGAUUCUCUUCCUACACAAGACUGUUUUCUAAUUUUUCAGGUGCCGACUUAUUAAAGCUGUCAAAAGAGGAUUUAGUUCAAAUUUGUGGUGCAGCCGAUGGAAUUCGGCUCUAUAAUUCACUGAAGUCAAGGUCAGUUAGGCCUCGUUUAACCAUCUAUGUCUGCCGGGAGCAGCCAAGCAGCCCGGCGCUGCCCGGGCAGCUGCGUGCUGCGGGCAAUGGCGAGAGUGGCGGUGGGACACCCUUCGUUUAUCAUGCAAUCUACUUGGAAGAAAUGGUUGCCUCAGAAGUUGCUCGGAAGCUUGCAUCGGUGUUUAAUAUUCCUUUCAACAAAAUCACCCAGGUGUACAGACAGGGUCCCACUGGCAUUCACAUCCUUGUUAGUGAUCAGAUGGUUCAAAACUUUCAAGAUGAGAGUUGCUUUUUAUUCUCCACAGUAAAAGCUGAAAAUAAUGAUGGUAUCCACAUAAUUUUGAAGUGACAUCUUAGACUGAACUAUAUUCAGUACCAAAUAAAGUCACGCUUACAAGUGUGUGAAGACUGAAUCCAAGAAGUCUUGGGAUUGGAUUUUACCAUAAGUGAUGUUUCAUAUUGAAAACACAAGCUAUGACCUUCCUAACGAGCUGUAUGAGAGGCAGAUCUCCUCACCGUCACUGCCACAGCCAAGCAGCCUCAUGCAAGUAAGCACGCCGGGCAGCGUGUGUCCAGCGUGCGUCCAGCUCUGGAGGCUGGGGUGCAGGCCAGUAAACACAGUUCCAGAAGCAGCCUUUGCUGGCUUUUUACACUGUAUGCAGUUUGGAAAUGAAUGUAAAAAACUUACUGUGGGCAUUUUUACCUUUUUGUGCCAGUUUGGCUUUUAUUGCUUGACCCUUGUGCUGCCCUGGGGAGGAGAUGGGGAGUGUUUUGGAAGCAGAGUGGACUCAGAUGCAAGAGGUACACUGUGCAGACAUGGCAGGUGGUGGUCAGGUAAGAGACCCCGCACUCUCUCUGAAGCAGUCGUGAGGGUGUGUGGUGUGUGAUCGUCUAUGGAAUCCUGACAGACUAAGGCAGAUCCAAGCCAGGAAGAUGGGCUUGAAGCAAACUGCAUUAUCAGGAGUACCUUGGUGAGAGGAUCAGUGUAAAUCCUAAUAGGUACAAAGACUUUUGUGUUUUUGCUUUGUCACAGAUUUAUUGAAUUUUUUUGCUUCUGCUUCUUCCAUUUUUAGCAUUUUAGUUCCUGCUUUUCAUGUUUUGACUCCACCUUUUCCUUUAAAUUCAUGUGAUUUUUUUUUCUUCUCCCAUUUUCCUCCUUUUCUCCACCUUCCUUCACCCUUCAUCCCUUUUUCUUAAAACAGUUUUUGCAGACAGGGGCUCACUGUGUUGCCCAGGUUGGCCUCAAAUUCCUGGGCUCAAGCGAUCAUCCUGUCUCAGCCUCUUUAGUAGUAGCUGGGAUUAUAGGUGCACAACUCAACACCCGGCUCUUACUAAAAUCUGUUUCAAAGCCCUACCAAAACAUUAGAAAUAGGAGAUUAACUAGAGGGAGCAGUUAUUGUUGGUAGCUUCUGAUGUGGUGGUAUGAAUGAGAUGAAAUUACUCAUGGAAACACUAGAUGACAUAUAAAACACUAAAAUGUAUGUACAUGUUCCUUACAUCUCAAUACUGAGCUUCAGUGCAAUCAUGGACAUUCUGGUCAUUGUUUAGGGGCUUUUAAAAACAUAAAUCAUGGCUGUUUUAAUUUUUAAAUAAAAGUGUGCCUCCCAUCAAAGGAAAUAUUGUGUGCUAAUAACAUACCAUUUCCGAAGGGAAGCCAAUCCUCCCUUUAUCCAGACCUUUGCAGAAUUCAUCACCAAACAUUUCUUGGCUUGUAGUGUAUCAGGCUGAAUUUUUGUUUUUAAAACAACUUCUGUUUUAGCGAUAGCAUCUCUAUCGAUGUAUUCAGUUUUUUGACAUUGAAUGUGCUAUUUGAGUCUUAUCCUUGUUCCAGUGGAAAUAGGAAUUAUUGUAAGUUUGAAAUCUUAAAUGUCCCAGAAGACAAAAAUACUUCAAUGAGUGCAAACUUUUGACAUUUGUUUUUAUUCAGAAAAGAAGUUAUUUGCUAGAAAGCAGCACUAUCUGAACAUUUUCAUCCUUUGUCCUUUGCUUUCAUAUGACUGGCCACAUUUUCUGUACUAGUCACUUGGAAAGAAGUGAACUUUUCUCCUGUUUUAACGAGUUUUGCUUGUCUAUUUAGCAUCCCUUUUCAGGUCUCAUUUAUGGAACAAUAAAUGUCAUUUAAUGCUGUG